CGCGCCAAAUACACUUAGAAUUCACCGGAGCAAGGGGUAACACGGCUUUGGAGCAACUCGGCUGGACGUCUGCUUAACGUUGUUUUUGUUCGAUUGUUUAGUCAACUGUUGUUUAGAGUUAGUCAACUUUUAGCAAGAACCAUUGUUAUACAUUGCGCACAGCCAUCUGGCUUUUAUCAUAUAUAAGUCUACCAAGAAAGUUAGCUUUUUCAAGAACCUCAGCCGUUUGUUCGUAGAAGACAAAACCACCACACAAAAUGUUUGAGGCACGACUUGUUCAAGGCUCAAUCCUGAAGAAGGUUUUGGAGGCUCUGAAGGACCUGAUCACAGAAGCCUGUUGGGAUGUCAGCUCGUCUGGCAUUUCACUACAGAGUAUGGACUCUUCGCACGUCUCCCUUGUGCAACUGACUCUCCGAAGUGAUGGGUUCGACUCGUACCGCUGUGACCGCAAUCUUGCAAUGGGAGUUAAUUUGAGCAGUAUGUCCAAAAUCCUUAAGUGUGCGGGAAAUGAGGACAUUAUCACACUUCGCGCCGAGGACAAUGCCGACGCCCUUGCCCUGGUCUUUGAGACGCUCAAUCAGGAGAAAGUGUCAGACUAUGAGAUGAAACUGAUGGACUUGGAUGUGGAGCAGCUUGGUAUCCCUGAGCAGGAGUACAGCUGUGUUGUAAAGAUGCCCUCUGGCGAGUUUGCCCGAAUCUGCCGCGACCUCUCACAGAUCGGCGAUGCAGUCAUGAUCUCCUGUGCCAAGGAUGGCGUCAAGUUCUCAGCCAGUGGCGAGCUGGGUACGGGCAACGUCAAGCUGUCCCAGACCAGCAGUGUGGACAAGGAGGAGGAGUCGGUGACUAUUGAGAUGAAUGAGCCUGUCCAGCUCAUCUUCGCCCUGAACUACCUGAACUUCUUCACCAAGGCCACCCCCCUGUCCAAGACAGUCACCCUCAGCAUGUCUGCCGACAUCCCCCUGGUGGUGGAGUACAAGAUAGCAGAUAUGGGCCACAUCAAAUACUACCUGGCCCCCAAGAUCGACGAGGAGUCGUCCUAAUUGUCCUGGAGGGAAGGCCAAAAACGGCCAAUUCAAUUUCGUCACGUUCUGAAUCCACAAUGCAUUGCUUACAUAGUUACCUUGGGGAAAUGAAUUCAAGCCAAACAAUGUUUAAAAAAAAAAAAGAUCUAAUAAUGGUAAUAUGCUGAUCUUGGCACUUUUGACAGGACCAUCUAUUUUCACAUUAAGGGUGAAGAUUAUGAGUUUUUUACUGUGUGUGUAUGCGAUAUCUUUGGGUCUGAAUUCCAAUGUGACGUGUCUCAUUUUAACCCAAGGGAUGACCAGUAAGAUUGAUUUUGUAGAGUCAGUCCGGUUUCAACCCCCCUCUCUCCUCUCGUCCUGGUUAGGGUCUCACUCUGUUCUGGGUCCAUUCCCCUGUGUAGAUACUUCACUCUGUAAAUACUGAUUGGGCCCUGUUGGUUAUCCUCUAAUAAACCUUUUGUAUUCUA